AUGGACGUCGAAAAGCACUCCCUAGAGAAGGAUGUAGCAUGCGAAUACAUCGAAGCUACAAACGAAUCUCACAACUCCGUCCCCGAGAUCCUGCGAAACCACACGCCUGAGCAACUUACCGCUCUCGAGAAGAAACUUGUACGAAAGAUCGACUUCAGAGCCCUACCAAUCUUGAUCGUCCUCUUCUUGCUCAACGUCCUUGAUCGGAAUGCUAUCGCCAACGCACGCCUCGGAGGUCUGGAAGCUACACUGGGUAUCGACGAUGUCGAGUACCAGACAGCAGUUAUGGUUUUGUGGGCUGGUUACAUCUCCAUGAUGAUUCCGUCAAACAUGCUUCUUUCCAUCUUCAAGCCUAGGCUGUACCUGCCAACGGUCGUCAUUAUCUGGGGGAUCGUGUCUGGCGCUACAGGAUUCGUUCAGAACCACGCUGGACUAGUCGCACUGAGAUUCCUGGUCGGUGUAACGGAAGCACCGUACUUUCCUGGGUGUAUCUUCUUCCUUUCGUGCUGGUACACGCGGAAAGAACUACCAAGUCGUAUCGCCACAUUCUAUUCUGGAUACACUCUAUCGUCAGCCUUUGGUGGAUUGAUCGCAGCGGGUAUCGUCGACGGCAUGGAGGGUCUUGGUGGCUACCCAUCUUGGCGCUGGAUCUUCAUUCUAGAGGGGGCUCUGACGAUCGUUAUGGCCUUUGCUGGAUAUGCGCUUCUUCCGAAUUAUCCUUCGAACACCUCCUUCCUAUCGCUCGAAGAGACUGCUAUGGCGCAGUGGCGACUUGACCGCGAGAAUGAUGGUGUGGCAGAUGAAGUGAAUGAAUCGGUCUUCGUCGGACUGAAACAGGCUUUCUCCGAUCCGAAAGUGCCAUUACUCGUCUUCAUCCAGACAUGCGCCGUCGUAUCCAUGAGCUUCACCUACUUCUUCCCAUCCAUCGUCCAGACACUCGGCUUCCCCCGCGUUGAAACGCUCUUACUCACAGCGCCGCCUUACUUCCUAGCCUUCAUCUUCUCGGUCGCGAAUUCGUGGCACUCUGGGCGCUCCGGCGAGCAUUGCUUCCAUAUUGUUGCCGCAUGCGUCAUUUCCGCGGUUGGUCAGAUCAUCUCCAUGUCAACAUACCAGACUGGCCCUCGCUACUUCGCCAUGUUCCUGCAGGCCAUGGGAUCUUUUUCUGCCUUCCAGCUUAUCUUGCCUUGGGUCUCUGCGACAGUCGCACGACCAAAGGCGAAGAGGGCUGUUACACUGGCAUUGGCGACGGCUGUGUCAAAUGCGACAAACAUCGCCACUGCUUACCUAUAUCCCGCGUGGAGCGCACCCCUUUACCGCAUGGGCUGUAUCGUCUUGACAGUAGCGUUACUUUGCUGCGCGACUGCGUCAUUGGUGCUGCGCUUCUGGCUACAGAAGCUGAAUCGCAAGUCUGACCAAGCGGUCGGUUUGGAGGGUGUCGCGAACGGGCCCGGCCUUCUUUUCCGCUAUACUUUGUGA